AACAAUUAGCCUCAUCAGUGAAUCACGCGUUCUUGUAUGUAGGGAGCUAAAAAAAUUUUUUGAUUUAUCAAAAAUAUGAAUCUUCUAUUUGCUAUCUUCAUCUUUGUUGGCCUGGUUUCCGUCUCUUCUUUACCAUUGGAGAAACGAGAUGCGACGAAGAACGAGAUGAUGUUUGAAGGAGAUAUGAUAAUGCCAGUGGAGGAAGUGGAGAGGGCGAUACAUGGCGAAGAUUUGGAUUCUUCCCCAGGGAGAACUCGAAAAGCGAGAAGAAAUCGACUCUGGCCAAACGGUGUCGUGCCCUACGUGUUCAGCAGCAGCGUCAAGAAUCCAGUUCUAAACCUUGUUGGUUUAAAAGGUCCAACUGAGAACGCUAUCCGUGGCGCUAUGAAAGAAUGGGAAGAGAAGACAUGUAUCAGAUUUGUUCCAAGAACCAAUCAAGCAUCUUAUGUUGAGUUUAUUGAUGGCGGCUUCGGAAAAUGUUAUUCUCAUGUUGGUCGUGUUGGAGGCAAACAGUCCAUCUCUCUCGGGUUUGGCUGUUUCACACACGGUGUGGCUGUUCAUGAGAUUGGUCACGCGUUAGGAUUUUACCACGAGCAGAGUCGACCUGAUCGAGAUAAUUACGUUGAAAUACUCUGGGAUAACAUCAAAGAAGACAAUAAAUUCAACUUUAAUAGAUAUGGACGAUCAACAAUCGACAAUCUCGGUGUCGAAUAUGACUACGGAUCAAUAAUGCAUUAUGGGCAGAGAGAUUUUGCUAAAUGGCCUUGGCAAACCACAAUCAGACCUAAAAAAGCUGGUGUUUCUAUUGGACAGAGAAAAAGACUGAGCGUUCUUGAUGCUAAACAAGCUAAUCUCUUGUAUAGUUGUUAGUCAAGGUUUUGCUCGGAAAUUUCUGCAGCUUGUGACUUGUGAGAUCUAGAUUGUAAAGUUAUAUAUGAAUAAAAUAUCUCAUCA